AUGACAGAACAAUCUUCGAAGCAGCCAGAGAAUGGCACCCCGAAAAAACAGAUACUACUCAAUGCUUUUGAUAUGUCGACCGUGGGCCAUCUUAGCCCAGGUCAAUGGAAGAAUCCCAAAGAUCGAUCUGCCAAUAAAAGAGAAUUGAAAUAUUGGAUCGACUUAGCGCAAAUUCUUGAAAGAGGAGGAAUAAACGCUCUUUUCUUGGCUGAUACCUACGGAGGCUAUGAUACUUAUGAGGGAAGCCUCGAUAAUUGUAUUCGAAGAGCGGCACAAUGGCCAGUCACGGAUCCCACAAUUCCAAUAAGUGCAAUGGCAGCUGUGACAAAAACCCUUGCAUUUGGCAUUACCGCUAGCACAACUUUCGAACCACCUUUUCUGCUUGCCAAACGUUUUUCAACUCUGGACCAUCUCACUGGUGGCCGGAUAGGAUGGAACAUCGUGACAUCUUGGAAAAAGAGCGCUUUCAAGGCGAUAGGACUUGAUAACCCAAUUGAACAUGAUGAACGGUACAAACAGGCCGACGAAUACUUGAGAGUAUUGUACAAGUUAUGGGAAGGAUCAUGGAGUCCGAAUGCGAUAAUAAAAGACGUGGAAAAUGAUGCAUACGUCGACCCAGACUUGGUUAGGACGAUAAAACACCACGGGAAAUACUUCGAUCUCGAUACGAGACACAUUGUAGAUCCGUCUCCGCAGAGAACUCCAUUCCUCUUUCAAGCUGGAACUUCACCCGCCGGAUCUGCUUUCGCAUCAAAACACGCAGAAGCGAUCUUCGUUACCGGGCACUCGCCUUCAGUCUUGGCUCCAAAAAUCGCCAACAUUCGACGACUAGCAAAAGAAGAAGGUCGUGAUCCAGCUUCAAUCAAAUUCUUCUGCACCUUCACACCAAUAAUCGGGCGAACAGAUGAGGAGGCACAAGAGAAGCUAGAAGAGGUCAAGAAAUAUGCCUCAACUAUUGGGGGCCUUGUCCUCGUCAGUGGAUGGACAGGUAUCGAUCUCUCAAAACUCCCACUCGGAAAGGAGAUCACCAAAGAAGAUUCCCUCGAGGUUCACAAAGUCACCUCUUCGCUUAGCGUUUUCACAACCACAAGUAAAGAGGUGCCAAAAUGGACUCCAGAGGUUAUUGCUGAGAGGGCGUCUAUCGGUGGACUCGGGCCAGUUUCUGUCGGAUCACCACAGACAAUCGCGGAUGAGCUUGAGAGGUGGGUCAAAGAAGCUGAUGUGGAUGGUUUUAAUUUGGGAUACGUGACGACUCCAGGCACAUUCGAAGAUGUCGUUGAUCUCCUCGUGCCAGAACUUCGAAGACGCGGUCUCUAUCCCGAGGCACCUGAAGAAGGUCUUUCAGCUCGAGAAAAGAUAUAUGGCAAGGGCCAAUCAAAACUGAGGGACGAUCAUGUAGGAAGCUCGUAUAAGUACGAUGUGUAUAAGGAGGAGCCACCUUAUGUUUCAGAGACCGUCGAUGGUGAAGCUGAAAAGGUGGUAGCUGCUGAUUCCAAAUCUUGA